AUGGAGACCGAAACUCUACCAAUUGCCAUCAUUGGGAUGGCCUGCCAAUUUGCAGGAGGUGCCUCGAGCCCUGAGAAAUUAUGGCAGUUGUGUGCGGGUGGGAAUAGUGCCUGGACGCCGAUUCCGCGUUCACGAUUUGACCUCGAGGCAUUUUACCACCCAGAUGGCCAAAGGCAAGGGGCGACAAACGUCAAAGGAGGGCAUUUCUUAGAAGAAGAUAUUGCCCUCUUCGAUGCCGCAUUCUUCAACUUUUCAUCCGAAGUGGCCAGCACAAUGGACCCUCAGUUCCGUCUCCAAUUGGAGACUGUGUACGAAGCCCUCGAGAGCGCUGGCAUCCCGCUGGAGAAUAUUGCAGGUUCACGCACUUCUGUGUAUGCGGGCGCCUUUUUCCAUGACUAUCAUGAUAGUCUGAUGCGAGACCCAGCGACCAUGCCCCGUUACUUCAUGACAGGGAACGGCGCGGCCAUGGCGGCGAAUCGCAUUUCCCACUUCUACGAUUUACGUGGGCCGAGCAUGACAGUGGACACUGGCUGUUCCACCACGCUGACCACGCUGCAUCUGGCAUGUCAAAGUCUCAGGGCCAGGGAAUCGGACGUCUCCAUUGUUGCUGGAUCGAACAUUCUGCUGAACCCCGACAUGUUCGAGUCAAUGGCUGGUCUAGGGUUUCUAUCAGCUCCAGGGAGAUCAUAUGCCUUCGAUCACCGAGCAUCGGGGUACGGCCGUGGUGAGGGCAUCGCGACUUUGAUUUUAAAGCCAUUGCAGGACGCACUGCGAGAUGGAGACCCUGUACGAGCUGUAAUCAGAGAGACAGCGUUGAACCAAGACGGCCGCACUCCAACCUUGACAUUACCAAGCCAAAAAGCACAGCAGGAGCUGAUCGAAGAAUGCUAUGCGAGGGCGGGCCUUGAUCCACGGCAUACAACUUAUGCUGAGGCCCAUGGUACUGGUACACAAGCUGGCGACCCUGUGGAAGCUGCCGCACUCAGUGCUGCCCUGAAUGCCAACAGACCGUCUCAUGAGCCCCUAAUUGUAGGCUCAGUGAAAGCGAACAUUGGUCAUACGGAAGCAACCAGCGGUCUGGCCAGCAUUAUUAAAGUGACCAUGGCUCUUGAGCAUGGCUUUAUUCCGCCCAGUGUAAACUUCGAGAAGCCGAACAAACAAAUAAAUCUAGAGGAAUGGAAGAUUAAGGUUCCCACGUCACUGACCCCUUGGCCACUUCACCAUCGUCGAGCGUCGGUAAACAACUUUGGGUACGGUGGAACCAAUGCACAUGUCAUCUUGGAGUCACCAGAAGUGCUUGGAGAGCCUCUUCCAGCUGCUGUAUCCCAAAGCAGCGAGAUCCCAUCUAGAGUCUUUGUCCUCAGCGCGAAAGAAGAGGGCUCGGCUCGCAGAAUGGCAUCCCGGCUGGCAGAGUACCUGCGCGGUGUCAAAAAAAAAAAUAACGAAGGCAGCCUUCUGAGAGAUCUGGCAUUUACGUUGGGUCAGCGUCGUUCUGUAUUUCCGUUUACGGCAGCAUACCAGGCAUCGAGUACGACAGAGCUGAUCGAAAGACUUGAGCAGGACCCAGCUGCCCUCCAACACGCAACGGGACCACCAAGACUUGGCUUCGUGUUCACUGGGCAGGGGGCCCAGUGGUACGCCAUGGGACCAGCUGCCCAGGCUCAGACCCACUGGAAGGAAGUCGCACCGCAGGCCUAUGGUAAAGUACCGGAGGGCAUUUCCCCGGAAGAAGGUCUGCAACGGCACUGGUUUCCAGAAACCGCUCCCAUCCGAGGCAGAUAUAUGGUGCACAAGCCUCCAGUGCUGCUUCAUAUGUUUGGUGGUGGCACAAAGAUGAGCGCAACCCUCAAAAGAACAGGCUAUUCCAUUUUGGACCGGUAG